GAGCAAGGAAAAGGUAUUGCUUUUUGCCUGUACGCAGUAGAGAAGAUGUCUGCUUCCGACGAUUCCUUCGUCAUACUCGGAGAUGACUCGGCCGAGUCGGUCCCGGUGACCAGUUCCUUCGACGCCACUGACAGCUUCUUCUCCGGCUAUGACGGCUCGGUUCCAGUGGAGAGCUCUGCCGAGGAUGUCUUCGCGGCGCCGUCUCCUGACUUCGGUGGGUACUCGAACGGCGACGGAGUAUUUGGAUCCAACGCCGGAUCCGACGGUCCUGUUCUUCCACCUCCUUCGGAGAUGGCGUCGGAUGAGGGUUUCGCUCUCAGGGAAUGGAGAAGACAGAAUGCUAUUAAGCUCGAGGAGAAGGAGAAGAGGGAGAAGGAACUGCUGAGCCAAAUCAUCGAGGAGGCGGAUCAAUACAAGUCCGAGUUUUAUAAGAAGAGAGAAGUUACCUGUGAAAACAACAAAGCCUCUAACAGAGAAAAGGAAAAGCUCUUCUUGGCGAGCGAAAAGAAGUUCUACACAGAGGCGAACAAAAACUACUGGAAGGCAAUAGCGGAGCUCGUCCCAAAGGAGGUUCCGGCGAUAGAGAAGAGGAGAGGGAAGAAAGAACAAGAAAAGAAGCCAUCAAUUGCAGUGAUCCAAGGGCCCAAACCCGGUAAGCCGACCGAUCUUGCAAGAAUGAGACAGAUUCUCUUGAAACUGAAGCACAGCCCUCCUCCCCACUUGAACUCCUCUUCCCCACCCGCACAAGAGGCGUCUGCUGCUGCCUCUACUCCUCCCAAGAAUGUUCCACAAGCCAAGUCUACGGAUGCUGUCAUUGCUUCUUAAAUCGUGUGAGGUUAAGCUGCUGAAGAGUAUGUUGUGUUCUGUCUGGUUGUUAUAUAGUUAGUUAAUGUUUCUAUCGGAUCUUGUACGUUAUUCCAUCCAAAUGUUUGGAUAAAAUAUUUCAACCUUAAACUAUAAUACGAUGAUUUUUUUUUCAAGUCA